GAACCCCGACGGUAAAUUCACGAUUUUUCCGUGAAAAUAUUACAUAAAAAGUAAAUGGUGAAGGCGUCGCGGAUGCUAUCGGAGAAGUGCGUGCGUGUGUUUGGUGGAGGACUCACAGACAUGUCGACUUUGAGUGUAAGGGCUCCCGGGCUGCAGGCGACUACAGUGCUGGACACGAGGUCAUUACGGGUGCGGGGUGUGACGGCGCUCGAAGGCGUAAGGAGGAAUUUGUUCGGAUGUACUGACCGGGAGGAGAAUAGACGAUUUGUGGAGCGAGAGCUGUCGAGGCAGUUGGAGAUGGACAGUCAGAGAUGGGGUUUUGACUUUGCGAAUGAGAAGCCCUUGCCGGGAGCACAGAGAUUCAUUUGGCAACUCGUGCCGGCAUCGGCAGUGCCGUCGGCGCUGCGCCGCGCGCCCAUCACCAUUGCACCGCCCAAGCCCAGUGCACCCUCUCAGGAGAGCAAAGUAUCGAGCCCAGAAAGCAGUAAAACACAGAAGAGAAUAACAGAUUUCCUGAAACCCCGCAAGCGCUUAUCGAACAGCGGCAAGAAGUCACCAGCUCACACGCACAAGCAUGAGUGUGGCCAUGGCGCCCACAUUCGCCCACCAAAAGUGGCACGCCUCGCCCAGACACACUACAAGCGUCCAAGCUAGACUCUACCACCCAACAACUCACAAAAUUACCCAACAAAAUUGGACACCUUUCGAAAUUUAAAAAAUUCUAUUUCGGCAGCUAAGAAUUCAGAACUGGAACGUGUUUUGAAAUUUAAAAGACAAUCAUGAUUGAUUACAACACCAAAAUAAUGUUUAAUUUUAGAAUUGUUCAAUUUUGAGCGGCCAGGGUGUUUCUAAUUGUGCAAAUUAUUUUUUUUUAUCUCUUUUAUUUAUUUUGAAUAUCUGUAACGAUUGUGUUACAAUAAACAAUAUAAUAAUGUUAAGUAAUUUGUAAGAUAGUUUUCAGACAUUAUAUUAGCUUAGUAAUGAUUUAAUAUAUACUAUCCGACUAUGUCACUCACAUCACAAAAUUCAAUUUUGCUCAACGCUCCGCCAUUUUACUUACAGUUUUUUUCCGAACUUAAAAAUUAAUAAUCAUCAGGCAAUAUUUAAUGUGACAAUUAGAUAAUAAGUUUACUAUGAUCUCUUUGACAAGUAAAUUAAGUUAUAUUAGGUUUUAAUUUUAGCCUAGUUUCGGUUCAAUUUGGUCAUACGAUUUAAGUCGGUGUAAUUUCGUGGAAUUGUUAUAACUACACUAAAGUCACAAGACAAGCUUCUUGAAAAUGCUAUUACACCAAAACUGUUAGAAAUGAGAUUUCUACGCACCGCGUGAGAGCAUUUUUGAUGAGUUUCAUUUUAUCUACAAUGUUUUAAGGUUGUCCACUGUUUCAAAACCGUUGCUUGCGGGGCUCACCUUUUAUAGGUUGUAAAAUUGGCACGCUAUAGUGGUUGCAAUAAAUCUGGGCUCUUUUUAUAUUGGCCGUAGCUGUGGUUAGUGUAAAGAACCUGUUUAAGUUGAGUUUCACGCCCGACAACCGUUUGGUACAGUUGAAAUCUUUUGAAACAUUAAAAACUUGGGUUAUAUAAAAUAACGGUACCUAAUGCAAUAGUUAAUUUUAAUCUAUUGCAUAAAGAAUAUUAUAUUUUUUAUUCAAUAGUUUUCAAUAACAAAAAGCUGAUAGCAUAAGAUAAAUACAAAUACUCAACUUUUCAUUUCGUUACUCUUUAAUGUUGUAGGAUAAUCAAACCACGACCGUUAUCAUAAUUCU